GCAGACACCGCCGGUUGGUGCCUGCUGCUCCGCAGUGGGGGAGCGGCGCGGGUAGAGCCGGGCCGGCACCAGUACCACCACCAGCAGCAGCGCUUCCCGCAGCCAUGUCCGUGGUCGGUAUCGACCUGGGCUUCCUCAACUGCUACAUCGCCGUGGCGCGCAGCGGCGGCAUCGAGACCGUCGCCAACGAGUAUAGCGACCGCUGCACCCCAGCUUGCAUAUCUCUAGGAUCAAAAACCCGAGCCAUUGGCAAUGCAGCAAAGAGCCAGAUUGUCACAAAUACUAAAAAUACAAUACAUGGCUUCAAAAAAUUGCAUGGAAGAGCAUUUGAUGAUCCUUAUGUACAAACUGAAAAGAUCAAACUUCCCUAUGAGCUUCAGAGGAUGCCAAAUGGGAGUGUAGGAGUAAGGGUGCGAUACUUGGAUGAGGAGAGACCAUUUGCAAUUGAACAAAUUGCAGGAAUGCUGCUGGCCAAACUUAAAGAAACUUCAGAAAAUGCUCUUAAAAAGCCAGUGGCAGACUGUGUGAUAUCAGUCCCUAGUUUCUUCACUGAUGCUGAAAGGAGGUCUGUAAUGGCAGCUGCACAGGUGGCAGGGUUAAACUGUCUGAGACUGAUGAAUGAGACUACAGCAGUUGCACUGGCAUAUGGAAUAUAUAAACAGGAUCUACCUUCUUUGGAAGAAAAACCAAGAAAUGUAGUCUUUGUAGAUAUGGGACAUUCUGCAUAUCAAGUUUCAGUCUGUGCUUUUAACAAAGGAAAACUGAAGGUCUUGGCUGCUGCCUUUGACCCUUUCUUGGGAGGCAAAAACUUUGAUGAAGUUUUAGUAGAUUACUUCUCUGAGGAAUUCAGGACAAAAUAUAGAUUGAACGUAAAAGAAAAUGCUCGUGCUGUUCUACGAUUGUAUCAGGAAUGUGAAAAACUAAGGAAACUUAUGAGUGCUAAUGCUUCUGACCUUCCACUCAACAUUGAAUGCUUUAUGAAUGACCUGGAUGUCUCCAGCAAAAUGAAUAGAACUCAGUUUGAGCAGUUAUGUGCUCCUCUUCUAGCUAGAGUGGAGCCUCCCUUAAGAGCAGCAAUGGAUCAAGCUAAACUGCAACGUGAAGACAUAUAUGGUAUAGAAAUUGUAGGUGGAGCUACUAGAAUCCCUGCAGUGAAGGAACAAAUCUCUAAGUACUUCUGUAAAGAUAUAAGCACCACAUUGAAUGCCGAUGAAGCUGUUGCAAGAGGUUGUGCACUGCAGUGUGCAAUUCUUUCCCCAGCAUUUAAAGUGCGUGAGUUUUCCAUCACAGAUGUUGUUCCUUAUUCAAUAACUUUAAGAUGGAAGUCUUCUUAUGAGGAAGGAACAGGGGAAUGUGAAGUCUUUAGUAAGAAUCAUGCUGCUCCAUUCUCAAAAGUGAUUACGUUCCACAAGAGAGAACCAUUUGAUCUGGAGGCAUAUUAUACUAACCCACAUGAAGUGCCUUAUCCUGAUACCAGGAUAGGGCGUUUCACUAUUCAGAAUGUUGGUCCCCAGCAUGAUGGUGACAAUUCCAAAGUGAAGGUUAAAGUACGUGUCAAUAUCCAUGGCAUCUUCAGUGUGGCUAAUGCAUCUAUAAUAGAGAAGCAAAGCAUAGAAGGGGACCCCAAUGAUGUACCCAUGGACACAGAAUCAGCAUGUAAGAAUCAACGCAAAGAAGAUGAACUGGAUAACAUGCAGAUUGACCAAGAGGAAGGCAAUCACAAAAACCAGGCUGACCAGCAGAACCAGGCAGAUGAAGAAACUGAACAAGUAGGGGCUGAAACAAAGACAGCAUCAGGAGACAAACAGGAUAAUCCAGCACAGACAGCUAAAGCUAAAGCAAAGGUCAAGAGCAUUGAUUUACCUAUACAGGCUAGUCUGUAUAGACAGUUGGGACAGGAUAUUAUUAAUAGCUACAUAGAAAAUGAGGGGAAGAUGAUGAUGCAAGAUAAGCUAGAAAAAGAAAGAAAUGAUGCCAAGAAUGCUGUUGAAGAAUAUGUGUAUGAUUUUAGGGACAAGCUGUGUGGAGUCUUCGAAAAAUUCAUCACUGAAGAAGAUUCAAACAGACUAACCUUAAUGCUCGAAGAUACAGAAAACUGGCUUUAUGAAGAUGGAGAAGACCAACCAAAACAAGUGUAUAUGGAUAAACUUCAGGAAUUAAGAAAAUUUGGUCAGCCUAUUCAGGAAAGGUACAUGGAACAUGAAGAGAGACCAAAAGCUUUAAAUGAAUUGGGAAAGAAGAUCCAACUUCUUAUGAAAGCAGUAGAGGCAUUCAAAAAUAAGGAUGAAAAAUAUGAUCACUUGGAUCCUGCCGAGAUUGAAAAAGUUGACAAAUGCAUCAGUGAUGCUAUGAGUUGGUUGAACACCAAGAUGAAUGCUCAGAACAAACUAGGUCCAACUCAGGACCCAGUUGUAAAAGUUGCAGAAAUACUAGGAAAAUCAAAGGAAUUGGAUAGUUUCUGUAACCCUAUUGUAUACAAACCCAAACCGAAGGUGGAACCUCCUUCUGAAGGCCAAGCAAAAGCUAAUGGUGAACACAAUGGACCAGUGAAUGGGCAGAGUGGUGCUGAAACAAAACCGGAUCCAGCAAAGGACAAUUUUCAGCAAACCAAACCAUCUGGGGAAAUGGAAGUGGACUAAACUUUACAUUUCUCUUUUACUUAAUUAAAAUAGUGCAAGCAACCAGAGGGUCCAUUCUUCUUUUGUCUGUUAACCUUACAGAUGCUCAGUUAUUCUUAGCCAAUUUUCUGUCAUUUGUUCUUGCAGUAGUUUUGAAAGUGUUUUAUAUUGAUUACACCUCCAAUGUUCAUUUCCAUUGAUGCUGCUUAUGUGGGGCUUUAGCUGAAUGUAGAUUGUAUGUCAGUUUAAGCUUUCCCAAUAUAUUUUAUAUCAAACAUACAGAAUUGAUAUAUAUGGCAACGAUCUACCUUAUUUAAAGCUUUUAUUGUGGAUAAACCUCAGCUCCUUUAUUCAGGAAAGGACACUGUAUUGCACUAUUGAUGCUGAAGUGUAGAUCUAAUUGCAUCUUUAUUUUGGAAAAAUAUUGGAAUUGAAGUGGCAUAAACAUUGUCACUUAAAGCACUGACCUUUUUCUAGUUAUUGUACUGUUAUAAUUUAAAUAUUAAAUUAGAGUUUAGCUGGCAUACUAGUCUGUCUUGUUGAUGUACCAUGAGAACUGUUCAGUCUUUCUAUAAACAAAGCAUAUAAAAUUAGAAAAGAUUUCUUAAUUUUUAGACUCUUAUCACAAACAUAAUUUUAGUUGUAAUCAAUACUAGUCAAAUGGCUUUGCCAUUUGCUAAAUUUCAAACUAAUGGUUUCGUCACACUUGUCUUGUACAUAACAUGCCUGUUCUCAUGAUAAACUGCUGCAAAAGUUACUGUAGUAUGAGAAGGUAAAGUUUUUGAGGACUGUUUAGAUGGGUCUCCCUUCCAAACGUCUCUUUAUUGCAUGUUCCUCCUGAUUUUACUGGCUUGUUUCAUACUGAAUGAAACCUAAACUUGUUUCUUAUCAACCAGCACAUCUAUCACACUUUCAGCAGAGAAAUAAUGAAAAUAGAAUAUGGGAACAAGCUGGCCUUCAGCUUACCUAAUACUGAGGUCAGGUUUAAAGUUUAUGGUUUGGGAUUUGAAACCUUUUUAAACAGGCGAAGACUCCACGCAAACUGUACAAGUGCUGUAGCUUCUGGCAUAUCCUAUCAGCUGUAGAAGUAAUGAGGUAACAUGACAUGCUACAAAAUACCUGUUUGACAUAAAAGCAAGGUAUGUAAAUGUACUUAACUAGUCAAACUACACCCUUGUCGUAUACUAGUAAAAGGCAAAUGUGAGAGGAUGACUAUUUAAAAAAAAAAGGCAAACAAUA